UCGGUCAACAUGUCGGACGUAGUCAACAAUUUCAAUUUUGAAUUUUUAUCAAAUUUUGAUGAUUUGGACGAUAUAUCACUUAGCCAAGCCGUAGAUAAAUAUGAACUUGCCGAAAUAAGUUCCGGAGAAUUUGAUGACAUAGAUUUUGGACAAUUUGGCAUGUCAACAGAGGAUUUAAUUUCAGGAAGUCUUGAAAACAAACGUUUUGGAUCAGUGAAACAAGUAGAUACUGCAGAUAUUGGACAACUGGUCGCGAAUCAAGAAAGCAAAAACACGCGUAGAAAUACCAACUGGGCUAAGAGAACAUGGGAUGAGUGGGCGGCUUGGAGAGGGAAUAUUCCAGACUUAACUAAGAUGAAUGUUAGUGAUUUGAAUCAUUUUUUAUCAUGCUUUGUUUUGGAAUGCAGACGAAAGGACGGCUCCGAAUAUCCUGCUGCAACGCUGUAUCAGAUUAGUGCAGGACUUUUGAGAUAUAUGCGUGAUAAUGGUGUGACAGAUUUGAAUUUUUUGGAUAAUAAUGAUAAACGAUUUUACAACUUUAGAAAAACACUUGAUGCGCGGAUGAAAGAAAUAUCGUCCAAAGGUAUUGGACUUAAAAAGAAGCAAGCUGAUCCUAUUUCACCUGAUGAUGAAAAUUUACUUUGGGAUAAAAACUUGCUUGGGAGCGGAUCUUCUAAAUCGAUGCUAAAUACUGUUUUCUAUUACAAUUGUAAGUUGUUCGGACUCCGCGGCAUGGACGAACAUCGUUCUCUCACAAGCGACCAAUUCACUCUUGGACAAGAUAAAGAAGGAACUUAUAUUGAUUUCCAAGGGAAAACUUCCAAAAUUUUUUCUGGGGGGCUACAUCAACGGAAAAUAGAGGCAAAACAUGUUAGGCACUACAGCUCUUCGUCCGAUAUGAGAUCUUUGUAUUUGAUAUACAAAAAUUACUUGGAUCUAAUUGGAUCGUCUGGACCUGGAUCAUUUUACAGGCGCCCUAUUUCUGGACCUACCCCCAGAUUUUCGAGCCAAGUUGUCGGCGUUAACAAAUUAUCUACUAUUGUAAAAAAUAUGUGCUCGGAGGCAGGUUUGUCCGGAAAUUUUUCGAAUCAUUCAGGAAAGAGAACUUGUGCUACGUCCCUGUACAAUAAUGGGAUAGAUGAGCAGUUAAUUAUGGAAAGAACGGGACACAGAAGUGAUGCUGUCAGAAAGUAUAAACGGACUUCUACAACUCAACAGAGCAAAGUCAGUAAAUUAUUGGAUCCGCCACCCAAAAAGAUAUGUUCUUCAGGGACCGAAAACACGGAUCCUGAUGAGACGCCUAAUACCCAUCUGGAUGUAAAGUCUUCGUGUGAGCGUUAUUUUGGGGAAAAUAUUUCUAACAUGCCUAAUACCCAUCUGGAUGUAAAGUCUUCGUGUGAGCGUUAUUUUGGGGAAAACAUUUCUAACAUUUCGCCAUCUUCCCGGACGGACGGUGGUUUUGUCCUUUCUAACUGCAGUGUUAUCUUUAAUAUGCAUUGCACUGCAUGUUAUCCGCUUUUAUCACGUUUGUUUUUAAUUGUAUUGGUAAUACAUUGA